AUGGCCCUCAACACAGCCCUCAAUACCGCUCUGCAAACCAGCAAGACAGCCUACGGAUUCUGGCUUACACUCCCUGGCGCCGGCGUUGCAAAGACAAUCCUCCGCUCAACAGCACAGCACGCAAACAGAUUCAGCUGGGUCCUAGUAGACGCCGAGCACGGUCUGAUUUCAGAUAAGGAUUAUUAUGAGGUAGAUUCCUAUGCAAAUCCGCGGUCAUCUGAAGGCGCAAGCCCGAUCAUCCGCGUCCCGUGGGGCGAAGAGUGGUUAAUUAAGCGCGCCCUUGAUGCUGGGGCACAUGGAAUUCUGACACCAAUGUGUCAUUCCGAAGAGGACGCUGCCAAGAUUGUCAGAUAUUGCAAGUAUCCCCCACAGGGCUCGCGCGGGUACGGACCUAUGUUCGCGCUGCAUUCCUUCCCUGAGGUUCCUGCGGCACAAUAUGAUGCUGGGGCCGAUAAGAACACAGCUGUGUUUGUGCAGAUUGAGUCGAAGGGGGGCUUGGAGAGUGUAGAGAAGAUUGCUGCGGUAGAGGGGCUGGACGGGAUUCUUAUUGGUCCAUUUGACCUCGCAAAGCAGAUUGGUGUCCAGCGUGGCGGAGACGAACAUGAAGCUGCUAUUCAACGGAUCUUGAAAGCUGCGAAGUCAGCUAGGAAGAAGGCUGCUAUUUUCUGUACCGACGGCGCGGACGCGCAGAACCGUGCUCAACAGGGAUUCGACAUGGUUUCUAUCGUCACUGACGUCGGUGUUCUGGGUAGUGGGAUGUUGCGGGAGCUUAAUGUAGCCAGUGGAAAGGCUGAGGGUGGAAAGCCUCGCGACGGAUAUUAA